AGUUAAAAACAAUUUUUGUGUUUUACAAACGUAGACGUUGUGAUGACAGAGACCUAAAAUUAAAAGAAGCAAAUUGUUGUUUAAUAUUUUCAAGCGGGAGCACUAUGGCUGAAGAAUAUAAUUUAAUUUUGAAUUCAAACGAAAUGUGUCGUAACUGUUUAGCGAAAAAUACGGCACCGAAUCUCAAGUCAUUGUUUCGAUGUGAUAUUGUCGAUGGUGAAAUUUGGUCCAUUCCAGAUUUGUAUAAAGAUAUAAUAGGAAUUGAAUUAAAUGAAAAUGAUGGAUUUCCUAAGAAUAUAUGUACAAAAUGCGAGAAGACAAUGUUUGAAGCAUUCAUAUUUAGACAAAAGAGUAGAAAAUCGCAUAAAUUAUUACAAAGAAUUCUUAAGAUGUCCAAACAUGAAGAGAGCGAAGCUGACAUUUAUGAAGUGGAAGUCAUCGAAAAAAUCAAUUCUGAUUACAUUGAAGGAGAUGGAGAGACUGUUUGGCAAACCAUGUAUUUAUCAAAUGUUGAAACCGACAACGUUAUAAUUGAACAGGAUUUCACAUCUUCCGAAAGUUUGGAAAUCAAAAAUCAAUUAGAUUUAUCUAAAGAUGUAAUAUGCGAAAUUUGUUGUGAACAAGUUUCACAAUCUCUAUUGGAAACUCAUUUCAAUCAGCAUAGUAUAAUAAUGCCAUCUCUUGUAAGCUCAAUUGAAUUUUAUCGAUGCAGUCGGUGUUUAAUGUGUUUCCCAUACAUCAAUUUAUUAUUGGAACAUGCUAAUGCUGAACAUUUGUGUGAUCGAUCCACCGAAUUGGACAAAGAACCUAGUUAUCAGAACAUAAGCAAAGAACCCAAAUUUCGUUUAUUUUCAACAUGCAAAAAUAUUGACAAUUUUACGUUUUCAUGCUGUCUAUGCAUUUUGGAUUUUGAGAACUUAUUUGCAUUUCGAGCACAUUUUCAAGAACAUCUAAUAAACUUGAAUACGCAUCCUGAAUAUAUCCGCUCUGAUUUGGCUCAUGCAUGUGGAGUGUGUGGAGAGAAAUUCAGAAACCUAGGAGACUGUCUCAAUCAUGUUUAUUUCCAUCAAACUACAUAUGCUUGUUAUAAAACCAAUUGUAAACACGUUACAUUUACUUCACUAUACUUCCAUCUAAUACGUGAACAUUCACACCAUAAUUGCAAAUUCUGUUUGUUCCAAGCAAAGACAAGCAACGAAUUGAAAGAACAUCAACGUUUUUCAUGCAGUGCAAGGCAGAUGAAGUGUGACCAUUGUGGAAAGUUGUUUCAUAAAAAGAGCACAUUAAACAUGCAUAUGCGGACACACACAAAUAAUCGAAAAUAUGUUUGCAACCUUUGUCCAAAAAGAUUUCUUCAGAAUAAUGAUUUAACAAAUCAUUUGAGAACGCAUACAGGCGAAAAACCAUUUCAGUGUGAACUGUGUGAUGCAAAAUUUAAAACAGUUGGUCAACGUAGUGGUCACCGUAGUACUCAUACUACUAAAAAUGACUUUCAAUGUGACGUGUGCGAAAAACUGUUCAAAUCGGCCCGAAUUCUGCAUGGCCAUCAGAAAUUACACGGUGAGCGGAAGUUUCAUUGCAAUGUAUGUGGAAAAAAAUUUAGCCGAAAUUAUCACCUUACUCUUCAUAUGAGACGUCAUCAACAAACCACCAAUAAAUGAAAUACAUGAAUAAACUUAAAGUCGACUAUAUAUUUAUUUACAUGGUUUUUAUUAUUUCAAUUACAAUAAAAAAAAUGUUUCAUGGGUUUUAUUCAAAAACAA